UACAGCUGUUUCACGUUGCUAAUAUUCUGCGCAAGAUGUUAUCCACGAUUUACAUGCGAGACAGUGAUGCAAACAAGCUCGCUGGAAAAUAAAGGCAUUCUUGUGUGGCUGCCUUUUCGAUAGGAAGGCCCUUGUGUCUCUUCGCCCACUAUGUGGCGGCUCCACGAUACCGACACCGUCUGUAUAUAACGGAUAUUUUAUGGAAGGUGGACCGAGGGAGAGGUCGUUAGGCUGGGGAGAGUCGGGACAUCGUCUCUGCUGGGAAGAGGAGCGUUAGCGUGCUAGCUCUCGUGCCAGUAACUAAUAACGGAACAGGGUUGUUUACGACCCACUGGCUCGGUCAUCAUGGCUACGAAUGGUAACAACUUGACGCCUGGGAUGGGAGAGAUCAUCCAGUUAAACGUCGGUGGGACAAGGUUCAGCACCUCCAGGCAGACUCUGAUGUGGAUCCCAGACUCUUUCUUCUCAAGUUUGCUGAGUGGAAGGAUAUCCACUCUCCGGGAUGAAACUGGAGCUAUAUUUAUUGACAGAGACCCCACAGCUUUUGCACCAAUUUUGAAUUUCCUCCGAACCAAAGAAUUGGACCUGCGGGGUGUCAACAUCAGCAUCCUGCGACACGAAGCCGAGUUUUACGGAAUAACUCCUUUAGUGCGCCGCCUGCUGCUGUGUGAGGAACUGGACCGCUCAUCGUGUGGUAGCGUUCUCUUCCACGGUUACCUGCCUCCCCCAGCCAUCCCUUCCCGUAAAUCAAGCCCUGCCUCAGCAGCCUCUGGCCCCUCCUCUGAUGAGGGGCCGGGUCCAAGUGGAGCAGAGGGCUUCACCCGUGUCGGCCCCCCUCCUCACCCUUCCCUCUCUGGCUCACCUGGAACAGACGACAACCACAAACUGGGUCCUGUGGUUGAACCCAGGAAGGUGCUGAUUAUUGCGGGACACCACAACUGGAUUGUAGCAGCUUACGCACACUUUGUCAUCUGCUACAGGAUAAAGGAAUCUUCUGGGUGGCAGCAGGUGUUUUCCUCCCCCUAUCUCGACUGGACCCUUGAACGCAUCGCGCUUAACGCCAAGGUGGUCGGUGGCCCGCAUGGAGACAAGGACAAGAUGGUGGCCGCCUCCUCUGAGAGCAGCAUCAUCCUCUGGAGCAUCCAAGACGGAGGCAGUGGAAAUGAGAUCGGUGUAUUCAGUCUCGGUGUACCUGUGGAUGAUCUAUUCUUUAUUGGGAACCAGCUGGUGGCUACGAGCCAUACAGGAAAGGUCGGAGUGUGGAAUGCUGUCACACAGCACUGGCAGGUUCAAGACGUGGUUCCUAUUAGCAGUUGUGACACAGCAGGAUCCUUUCUACUCCUGGGCUGCAACAAUGGCUCUAUCUACUACAUAGACAUGCAAAAGUUUCCCUUGAGGAUGAAGGAUAAUGAUCUUCUAGUGACGGAGCUUUAUCACGACCCUUCAAAUGAUGCGAUCACUGCGCUGUCGGUCUACCUCACACCUAAAACCAGUGUGAGUGGUAACUGGAUAGAGAUAGCCUAUGGGACUAGCAGCGGUGCAGUGAGAGUGAUUGUACAACACCCGGAGACAGUGGGAUCAGGCCCACAGCUCUUUCAGACAUUCACUGUGCACAGGAGCCCGGUGACAAAGAUUAUGCUGUCUGAGAAACAUCUGGUAUCAGUGUGUGCGGACAACAACCACGUUCGGACGUGGACGGUGACUCGUUUCAGAGGGAUGAUCUCCACCCAGCCAGGAUCCACCCCUCUGGCUUCCUUCAAAAUACUGUCCCUGGAGGAGACGGAGAGCCAUGGGAGCUACUGCUCGGGGAAUGAUAUUGGUCCAUUUGGUGAUAGAGACGAUCAGCAGGUUUUCAUACAGAAGGUGAUCCCCAUCACCAACAAACUGUUUGUAAGGCUCUCGUCUACUGGAAAGAGGAUCUGUGAAGUGCAGUCGGUGGAUGUGACCACCAUCUCUUGCUUUAUGGUGCGGGAGUGUGAGGGUUCAAGCCGGAUGGGGUCGCGACCUCGGCGCUAUCUGUUCACUGGUCAUGGCAACGGCAGCAUCCAAAUGUGGGACCUGACCACUGCGAUGGACACCGCUAAUAAAGGAGAGGAGAGGAAGAGAGAGGACGUAGGUGGGCCGUCAGAGGAGGAGCUACUGCAGCUGUUGGAGCAGUGCGACCUGAGCACCUCCCGCUGCGCUACACCAAAUAUCAGCCCUGCCCCCUCCGUGCUGCACCACACACGCCUCAGAGAGUCCUGCUCAAGUCUUCAGUUACAGGCUCAGGAGCCCAUUUCUGAGAGCCAGGCUACUUACGGAGCUGUGCGACCCUACAGAGAGAGCCCCCUGCUGGCCCGUGCUCGACGAACUGAGUCCUUCCACAGCUACAGAGACUUCCAGAACUUCAGCCUGAGUCGAGGCGUCCUGGACAGCACAGGUCAGCACAGCACACAGGCCCCCGGCCACGCCCUCGAUGUCCGUCGUUCGCUGUGUGACUUUGGGCCUGAGGACAGUGAGAGGAGAGCCACGGCUAUGGAGUUCUGGGCUUGUCGAACAGCCAGUUCAAGCUCUAACACAAUAAUGGGAGCCAUGACGACUGCUGGUGUUUCCGGGUUGAAGACAGAAAGCGGUCAAGAGUCUCCACGACAAGCUCCCGACAGCCCGAUUCCUGGAGGCGACGUUAGACGGAAGGUGCACCUACAACCAGAGGAUGGAGAGGGAUCAGGGGGAGAAGGUGUGAAGGUAGAGGGAGGUGUGAAGAAGAGGGGAGUUCUAGAAGGAGGUUUUCUAGGGAGAAAGAGGGCUCCCCCAGUCCCCCAUCUCUCCUCCCUCCCCUCUGGAUCUGAAGGUGGUGGCAGCGACUCAUCUGCCACCGCCUCCCCCUCCCCAACCAAACUGUCUUCGUCCACCUCACCACGACACAGGAAGCUGGCCCCUGACACGUCCAAUCAGGACAGCAGCCUGUGACACUACCCGUUUCUUUUGCUCCCAGUCAGAGGAAUCAUGUUGUGGGAGAGGAGUUCUGGGUAUCACAGCAGAGGAGGAAUGUGACCUUUUGACAUGUGGUUCAUGACGUAGCUGGAUGAAGGAUCUUCUUGUUUUAGGACAUAAGGAUGGGUCUCCUUUGGUCCGUAUGCUGAAAAACCUUUAUUUAAACACCGUUGCACCUUUCGUUUUUUUAUUUAAGUCAGUGGAACUCAUUGGUGUCAUACCUUUUAAGUACAGAAUAUAUCUGGCACGACAGUUACAGUGACAACAUCCCAACGCUAACAGCACGCCAUCUCAACCAGGGAACGAUUUCAUUUUUGAUCUUUUAAAGGAUUUAAAGUUUUAUCAUCACUUUAAAAUCCACUGGGAACAACUGGACCUCCUAUUCUCAGUUUCUGUGUAACAGAUGAUGGGUGACAGUAACUGUUUGGUUGAAGCACAAUUAAGCCAGUGAUGUGAAGCUUGUUUCAUUAACUCAAGGUUCAGGCGAAUUCAAAUGGACAAAGAAACAAGCACAGUACGAGUAAUAGAACGAGGGUUAAUCCAUGUAAUGAGCGGUUUAUCUUCUGAGACCCUUAAACAGAUAAUGGAAGCAAAAUGGAAUUUACAAAGGCACAGUUUGUACUUUUAGAAAAUAUUGAAACGGUUGUAUUGACGUGCAGUCACAUAGGAAUUAGUUUGUGCAGAAUCUGACCUAAAUCAUUCAAGCUUACUCGCACUUUUGAAAAGAAAGCUAACAGCUAACAGUUACUCUCAUUAUCAAAACCUUAUCAAAAAAACACCCAUCACUAAAGUAUACAUUUGACAAAGUUUUAAAACCCGAAAAGAUGCAAAUCCCUACAUUUGAGAAGAUGUUUGUUAUUUGUUGUCAAUUCCAUUUUUGGUGAUUGACCAAACAAUUAACUGACUACUCGUUUCAGCAUUUCAGAUUCGUCAAAAUAAUUUGGUCCCCUUCCAAAAACACAAUAAUGCAAAGUAUCACUGACAAUAUGUGCAAUCUGUCGUCGCCCGGAUCCUUGGCAGCUACUCGAACCCUAACGUGAAUCCACUUUGCUGCGGCCAGAGACGCAGUGUUUUUUAUUGUUGAAGCAAUGACGCAGAAAGCCGCAGGUGCUAUUUGAAAUGUACCUUUACAUAUACUGUAGCCGCAGAAUAAUAGCCUCGCUGCUCCUAAACAAAGCUGAACCAAAAGAACUGUUGUGUGCAAAAAUUUAUCUUCAUACAUUUGACUUGUCAUAGGCAAACAGGAAACGCCAUUAGUGAUGGCGCCAUAGUUUAAGCCAGGACAGUGAGCCAGCAUGCACACAACCUGGACCAGUUUUUAAUGUUAUCAAUCUGUGCUUUUACUGCUGUGGCGAGCAAAAAUGUCCGUCAUCAACGCAGCAAUUUGAAGAACAUUUUUAAAUGUGCUGAAAGUGAACAUUCUAAGGAAAGCUUUAUGUUUAUAUUUUUUAGCUCGAUCCAUCAAAAAGAUCACUUCUAGACUAACAGUGAUGGAAAAUCAAAUAUACAACAAGUAAUGUCGUGUUGUAAAAGACUUUUUCCUCAAUGUCUAAACCAAGAGAAAUAAUUCACUGUUCUGACAGCUAGAAAAAGACAAACUAAAUUCAGUCUGUUGUUUUCACAGUGGUGCCUGUGCAAGAUCACACUUUUAUUAUUUAUAUUUUAUUUUUUUACAGUAUCAAUAUAACUACGCUCAAGUCAAUACAAGGACCAUGUACACUACAUCACUUUACUCCCGUUGGAAAAUAUUUUUACGUGUCGUGUUUUGUUUUGGAUGACGGUUGCAGUGCCUUAUUUAACUUGUUUGAUGAUUAUUAGCCUGAUUGUGUGUUUUCAUUGAAAAGGAUUUUGACCAAAGGCUUGUGAAGACUGUGGUGCCACAAACGGACCUUUCCACUCUGGCUUUGGGGAAAACUGAGUCGUGAUAGAUUUACACCAGGCCAAGUCACAUUUUACGAGUGGUCACUUGAAUCGAUGGGCAUUGCAGCACAGAUUAAAUUCUGUUCUAUUGUAAAUUGUACAUAAUCUUGACAUAGAUGAAGACUGGAAUGUUCAUCUUGGUUAUGAUAUAGGUGUGAAGGUCUAAAAGGACAGCUGCAAGUUAAAUGGCAGCAACAUUAAUUAGUCAUUUUGUGAUCUAAACCUGCUUCUUCACCGCUUCAACCCAUCAGAUCCCCUGUGAGAUGGACACUAGCUGAAGAACACAAAGUCAUGCCAGCUCUUAAUCUACGGUACCUUUCUGUAAUCAUUGUAGGGACAACUGUAAAAAUGGGCAAAUAUAACUAUUGAUGUUAAUUAUAAUUUGCCAAGUCCUGCAGCUGUAUAUCUUUUAAGUCGUUUUAGCACAUUGCUUAUCAUGUCAACGUUAAUGGAUGAACUGACCAGGGGUUCCCUGUCUGUACAAAGAUGUACAUUUUUAUACACUUAUUCACUGUCUGAAAAAUAGACAUACAUAUUCAAAACAAAAUCCUAAUGUGGAUGCAUUGAUAUGUGUUGAUGUGUGUCGAUACUUACACUGUUGUCAUUACAUACUGUUGAUAAUCAUAAAAUGCCUAUAUUGAUACUACCAUGCUUUUGGACCUAACUGCAUUUGCACUUGCACUAUUAAUACUAAUAUUAAAGUAAAUUGCUAGUGUUUAUUUUAUAUUAAAAAAAAUAUAAGGUUGAAAGUGUAUUUCAGCACAUAACUGUCUGUCUUCUGAAGAUCUGUCUGUCCUUAGCCGUCGUCCCUCUCUGGCUACGUUUACAUUAUCUUACAGCCGGAUUCUAGCGAUCUAAAAGGAAUACAUACCUGUUUGUUUAAACUGCCUUGUACAUCAUUGUUUAACAAUAUGUAUGUGAGCAAUGCUGCAUUAUGUUGUAAUUUCAUUUACCGUGCUGACCCAUAAUCGUAUAUAAUGAAACAUUGAACAUUUCAGAGCCUCGAUGUUCAUGCAACUGUGUUCACUAAAACCUCUCAAAACUGGAAAUGUUUCCUUUUAUUUUCAGAAGAUUAUUACAAAGCUAUAGUAAAGUAUAUUUUAUGUUCUAACACAUUGUAUAAAGCAACAAGGACCAUUAACUCCACUUGAAUUGUACAGGCAAAUGUCAUCAACAACAUUAAGAGAACUGAAAACAUUCAAAAAGUAUUUGGGAUCUGAGAUGUUUUAAUCUAUGAAAAUAACAAGUGUGUGUGGGAUGAAAAGAACUUUGACAAGAUGAAUAAAUAAAA